ACCAUGAGUAUUCAGGAAGGGGGAGCAUAAGCAAACCCUCACUCAUACAGUUCCCUUAUUUGGUGCUGCGGCUGAGGAAAUCCCAUGCAGAGUGAAAGGGAGGGUUAUUGUUUGGCCCCAUGGUUUGGGGGCAGGGAACCAGACUGAGAGAGAGCUGUGGUAGUGGCACAUUAGUGUACAACAGCAGCAUUGCUGAGAGAGAGAGAGGGUGCGAGGGACCGAGUGGGAGGGGAACGUGUCUGAGCAGAACCAGCAGCUGCUGAUGACACAUGGACAUUCAAACAGGAUGCCAGCUAUCACUGAGCAGCGGGAUGAACACUGAACCGUCGAAAUCCACCCAGGAAGAUUCUGGGAUGGAUCCAGCCAGACUCUGCCCCAGUCCCCCAGAAGAUCCAACUGGUGCCGAGCUCCCCACCGAAAUGGGUGUGUUGCCCACUGAGAAAGUGAGCGAUGAGCCCGAGACAUCGGUGCAGAAUCUGGACCCCGAUCCCAGGGAAAGUGAGCAGGGAGCAGAUACAGGGAACCUCGAGGAAGCAGCUGGUGUCGACGCUGGGGGAGAAUCAUCGCUGGAUGCUGAGGUCCGUACAGAGAGCCACAAUUCCCUGGAGGGGCCACAGCUCCGUCGGGAAGGACAGACUGUCGAGGGUGAGGCUGGUGUCGCUGAGUCUCUGUCAAUGUCUUCGCUGAGUCGGUCCAUCACCAAGGAAGACGUCACGUGCCUGAAGAGCCCUCUGGUGGAGGAGGCGAGAAACAGCGACAGGAUGAGGGAGAUUGGCCGCUCGCAGACCGUCCCACGGUCCUUUGGCGCUCAGUCUCGCAGAGCGGCCAUGCAGAAGGCUGACGCACAGAAAGACACGGUUCCUGCCUCAGCGGGCUCGAAAAUGAAGCCACAACGGUCGACCAGCUUCGGAAAAUCUGGCGGAAGUAGUGUCAAACAGAAGCUCCUGGAGUGGUGUCGCCAGAAAACGCGUGGUUACCAGCACGUCGACAUCCAGAAUUUCUCCACCUCCUGGAAUGAUGGGAUGGCGUUUUGUGCCCUAGUCCACAAAUUCUUCCCAGAUUCCUUUGAUUAUUCCGCACUGGCUCCCAAAAACCGGAGGCAGAACUUUGAGCUGGCCUUCAGCAUGGCAGAAGCUCGGGCUGACUGCGUACCCCUGAUCGAAGUGGAGGACAUGAUCCGGAUGGGCAGACAUCCCGAUGCCAAGUGUGUCUUCACCUAUGUCCAGUCGCUGUGCCGCCACCUGCACAGCCUGGAGACCAGACCGCCAGCCGCGCCAGCGACGGAGUCCAAUCCCAGUCACCCCUGCCCACCUCUACCCAGUGCCGGGCCUGAGGAAUGUGACGGAGGGGCCCAGGUGGAGGGAGGGAGCGGGGAAGAGACCAGGGACUAACCGUCGCUGGCUCGGAUUCGACUUUUGCCGGAAUCGUAAGCAAUAGGGGCGGUGGGGGGAGAGGUCAUUCAGCCCCUCAGAUCUCCUCUCCCACUCUGGGCCUCGUUUCAGCUUCCAGCGCUUGGCCCCGCACAGAGCAGCAACCUCUCAGCACCUACCCCUGCCAAACCCCGUCAGAAUGCCACCACCUCGUGUUCUGUUCGAGUCCCCAAGAAGUUAAACUCGGUUGACUCAACCUGUCAUUGUCAGAUAACCCAGCACCACCACCGCACCCCCCCCCCCCGCCCCACGUUAUCACAGUCAUUCUCCUGGUCACUGCCUCCAAUACAAUGCCAUCUUACCUUAAAUACAGAGACUCGAAACGGUGUCGUGUGUUCGAGACGUGGUCUCAGCAAAGAACCACCCCCCCCCACCGCCACCUUCUGACAAUGAACUGCGAACCUUCCUUAUCCUCGCACUCUGGCCUGCUUGCUAAAACAUAAAAAGCAACAGUCUCAAUUUAUUCUUCCCACUGCCUGCUCUGCAUGUGUUCCUUGUCUCGCAGAACAUCAACAGUUGAAAGUUUCUGAGAUAACAAGGUGCAGAGCUGGAUGAACCCGGGCAGUAUCGGAGGAGCAGGGAAGGUGACGUUUCUGGUCUGGGCCCUUCUUCAGAAAUGAUGACCGGGAUGUUGCCUGGAAUGGAGGGUUUGAGUUAUUGGGGGGGGGGAGGGGGGAGACUUUUUUGUCACUGGAUCUUAGGAGGUUGAGGGUUGACUGUCUAGAGGCUUAUAAAAUCAUGAGGCGUAUAGAUAAAGUGAAUGGCAGGAAUGUUCAGAAAUUUCUGAAGAAGGGUCCCGACCCGAAACGUCAGCUUUCCUGCUUCUCUGAUGCUGCUGUGUUCAUCCAGCUCUGCACCUUGUUAUCUCAGAUUCUCCAGCAUCUGCAGUUCCUACUAUCUCUAUCAUUGGAAGUUUCGCUGUCUUUAGAAAAAUAAUCUUCCAUUUUAUUCUUGCGACCAAAGUGUUGUGAGCUAGAGAGAUCCACUAACGCAAGAUUGGAACGCCUGUGUGUGCUUAACGCAGCUCCAACAAACACUCAAGAAGCUCGACACCAUCCAGGACAGAGCAGCC